AUGACGACCGAGACUUGUGGGAAACCCUCUGCCAACGCAGGCGAUGCGGUUGUCACGAUCGAGAAGCCUUUGACAGGCGACUGGUCUAGGGUGCAGCGCGUUUCGGAAAAGCUGCCACAUAAUGACGACCCUGUCGAGCGCAUCGCUCAGGGUAUCGUAGAGCUCUUUAAACGCAUCAAGGGACUCGAGAGCCUGUAUCCCAAUCCCACCAACGGGGCCAUCCUCAACCAGCUUUUUGACCUAGUGACAACAUCCAAGACAACUAGAGCACAGGAAGAAAAGAUUAUGACCGACGCACGCGUGACUGCUGUCAUCCCGGAGCUCCGUCAACUCUGGGGCGAAGGAGAGUACCUCCUCGAGCUUGAGUUCGCACGCAAAGUCAUCAGUGGAAAAUCAAGAGCAGAGAGUCAGGUGCUCUUCGAAUCUUUCCCUUACUUGGACCAGUACCACCAGCUGGCGCGCAUGGAGGCCAACACACUCGACACAGCCGUUGGCGAAGCUCAGCUUCCACGCCCGCGCAAGGUCACCUUCCUCGGUUCGGGUCCAACGCCUUUCACGGCCCUAUGUAUGCGGCCGAGGCUGGGUCGCGACGUUGAAUUCGUUAAUAUUGACCGCAGCGAAGAAGCCAUCCAACAUGGAUCCCUGGUUGCCCGCUGCUUAGGUGACGACAUGCGCUUCGUCAAGGCUGACGUCUCCUCUAUACCUGAAGACAUUCGGGACAGCGACGUGGUGCACUUUGCGGCCCUCAUCGGCGGGGACGAAGAGCAGAAGCGUGAUCUGCUGAUCAGCGUCGCAAAAGUCAUGAAGAAGAACGCCCUCAUCAUGUUUAGAAACACCGACAGCCUGAGGCAGUGUCUAUACCCAAGGGUGGACACAGACGACUAUGAGGUUCUAAAGUAUUUAACUCCCGUUGUCACGACGAGGUACUUUGGCAAGUCAACAAGCUUAACUAGCAUUGUGUUCAGUGUCGACUGA